GCGGCGCGCUUUGGUGACGUCACAGGGAGGCGCUGCUUCCGCUUCCCGCCUCCCACGAUCCUUUGCGGCGGGCGGCCCCAUGGCCCCGCCGGCCGCCAUGACGGUUGCCCGCUGGUGCCGCCUGGUCCACAUGGGGGCGCCGUCGAGCGCCGGCCACAACCGCUGGUCCAAAGUGCGGCACCACAAAGGGCAGCGGGACGGAGAGCGGGCGCAGCUCAUCCAGCGCCUGAGUGCCAGGGUCAGGGCUGCUGCUGCUGCUGGGGGUCCGGACCCGGCGCUGAACGCGGCCCUGGCUCAGGCUGUGGCUCAAUGCAGGGCCAACAACGUCCCCAAGGCCUCCAUCAUGGCCGCCAUCGCCUCUGCGGACAAAGCUUUGGGGUCGCAGCGGCUGCAGGCGGUUCGGGGUCCGGGCGGCUCCACCAUCAUCAUCAUCAGCGACGGGACGAAGGGCGACGAUGGGAGCCUGAAGGGGCUGCUGGGAAGGGAAGGGGCCUCCCCUUUGUCUCUGCCUGGCGCCGCCCUCCAGCAGCGGGCUUUGAUCCGCGCCGCCGCCUCCCGCCCCAUAGAUUUGGAAGCCGCCCUCCAAGUCGCCAUCGCAGCUGGGGCUGAAGACGUCAGGAUGGGGGCGAAGGGAAACGGCGGCGAUGGGGGCCAGGAGCUGCAGUUCCUGUGCCGGCCGUCGGAUCUGAGCUCGGUGGGGCAGCGGCUGCAGCAGGAGGGGCUCCGCCUUCUGUCCUCCGGCGUCCGUUGGUUCCCCCGCCGCCAGGUGGCGCUGCGGGCGGAACAGCGGGAGCGGGCGGAGCGCCUCAUCCGGGAACUGCGGCGCUGCGCCGGGGUCAUCGAGGUCAUCCACAACAUCCGGGAACCUGAAGGAGGGGAGGAGGGGGGGGCGGAAGCGGAAGGGGGGGGGAGGGAGGUGUGA